AUGCAACCUGCAUUGAGAACAAACAAACUAUACAUGUAUCUGUCACCGGGAUAUUCUGGAUUAAAUUGUGAGGUAGAUAUCAAUUAUUGUACUAAUAAUACAUGUCUGAACAAUGCAACCUGCAUUGAGGAACAAACAAACUAUACAUGUAUCUGUCAACCGGGAUAUACUGGACUUAAUUGUGAGGUAGAUAUCAAUUAUUGUACAAAUAAUACAUGCCUGAACAAUGCAAUCUGCAUUGAGGAACAAACAAACUAUACAUGUAUCUGUCAACCGGGAUAUACUGGAUGUAAUUGUGAGAUAGAUAUCAAUUACUGUACUAAUAAUACAUGCCUGAACAAUGCAACCUGCAUUGAGGAACAAACAAACUAUACAUGUAUCUGUCAAACGGGAUAUACCGGACUAAAUUGUGAGGUAGAUAUCAAUUAUUGUACAAAUAAUACAUGUCAGAACAAUUUAACCUGCAUUGAAGAAGAAACAAAUUAUACAUGUAUCUGUCAACCGGGAUAUUCUGGAUUAAGUUGUGAGGUAGAUAUCAAUUAUUGUACAAAUAAUACAUGUCUGAACAAUGCAACCUGCAUUGAGGAACAAACAAACUAUACGUGUAUCUGUCAACCUGGAUAUACUGGAUUAAGUUGUGAGGUAGAUAUCAAUUAUUGUAUAAAUAAUACAUGUCAGAACAAUGCAACCUGCAUUGAGGAAGAAACAAACUAUACAUGUAUCUGUCAACCGGGAUAUACUGGAUUAAGUUGUGAGGUAGAUAUCAAUUCUUGUACAAAUAAUACAUGUCAGAACAAUGCAACCUGCAUUGAGGAACUAACAAACUAUACAUGUAUCUGUCAACCGGGAUAUACCGGGCUAAAUUGUGAGGUAGAUAUCAAUUAUUGUACAAAUAAUACAUGCCAGAACAACUCUACUUGUUUUGAGGAACAGACAAACUAUAAAUGCCUCUGUACACCGGGAUACAAUGGUAUAAAUUGUGAGACGGAUUUCAGUUAUUGUACAAGCACUUCAUGUCAGAACAAUGCCACAUGCAUUGAGGAACAAGCAAACUAUAAAUGUAUCUGUCAACAGGGAUAUACUGGCACAAAUUGUGAAAGUGAAAUUAAUCACUGCUCUUUUAAACCUUGUAAGAAUAAUGCAAUAUGCAUUGAGGAACAAAAUAAUUUUCACUGCGUUUGUACACCUGGAUAUACUGGAACGACUUGUGAAACUAUUACUUUCUGCUCCAGUUACCCGUGCAACAAUAAUUCAACAUGUCAAGAUAUUGAAGGAAGCUACUCAUGUUUAUGUAGAGAUGGAUUUACAGGACCAAAUUGUGAGCAACGUACAAGCAGUUGCCAAUCAGACCCUUGCAGAAACAAAUCCACUUGUUUUGACAAAUAUGGAGGUUAUAUUUGUUUGUGUAGGGAAGGAAUAACAGGAGAACGCUGUGACGUACGAGAUGUGUGUGCUUCCGGUCCAUGCUUGAAUAAUGGAAAGUGCAAAACAAUGGGAUCAAACCCUGGGGGAUAUAUAUGUGAAUGCAACGAGCUUUUUACUGGGAAUCAUUGCGAGUAUGAUAUAAAUGAAUGUGAGAAUGAAUCAACUUGCACAAAAGAUAAGAUCUGUAGAAAUAAACAUGGAGGAUACCAUUGUGAUGAUUUAUACCAGCUGGAAACAAGAAAUUACAUGGAAGGUUUUGCUAACGUUAACACGGACAAUAUAGUACAAAACGUUAUUUCUAUACUGAGGCAAAGUAUAGUUAUUUGUGAUGACGCGCAGGUUUCUAUUGACCAGACACGGUAUAAAGGCUCUGUUGCAAUCAGUGCAAUUUGUGAUGGAAGACCUUUGACACGGGAUGAAAUGGCUAGAGCUAUCGGGCAACACACGGAAAUAUUCCUUAAUCAUCCGCAUGAUGCAAAACAGCAUGUAAAACAGAGUUGGUUAGAGUCGCACUGGAUCAUUCUUGUAGGGAUUGUUAUAGGUCUGGUGGGUGCAGUAGGUGGGACACUACAGGCUUUUUACAUUGUUCAGCGAGCUCGAAAGAAACUUGUAGUUGACCGUGAAGCAAGGGAAAUAUUGACUAAAAGAUUUUCAGUUCCGAGACCACCAAAUGGGACCAGACAGCGUAACCAAGGAAACGCCGGAUAUUUCACGAAUCCUUUAUUUUCUUAAGGACAACAUUCAAGAACUAAUGAUGAUGAAAGAUUGUUAUAUCAAAACGAACAAACUGUUAUAAAUCAUGCCUGUCUUUUUUGCAAUGAAUUUGUUAAAAAUAUGUUAACAUGUUGAUAAGAAUUUAGACUGUAAAAACUCUAUUCUACUGUUUAAUCUAAAGACAUCAAUUUUCUGUUAUUAAAUGAUAAAAAUAAAUAAAUUUAAUUGUUUAUUUACAAUGCAGUGUUUUGACUUUGCAUUAAGUAUUCAAGAGUUUAAAGAUAACGUGUCUACAUAAUGGCAAUGUUAAUUUAUAUGCGCGACAGAUAUAGAAGUAAAACAACAACAACAGCAACAAACAAACCAUCAUACAACGCUUUUCUUCUUCUCAUCCUUUACUGAAGACAAGAAUGAAAACUAAAGAAAUGACAGUAAAAAGGUAAGAGACAAAUGACAUUAAUAGACGAUGUCCGAAAUCAAUGGUCAAGAACAAAUUAUUGGUCACGUCUCAGCGACCUCUGGAUUACAAAGCCAGCUAUCUUUAAAAAAAGAAAUGAGAAAACUAUGAACAAACGUAAAUUAUUGUGCUGCUUCGGGUUGUUUACAUUAGAUAUAUACUAUAUUAUCGCUGUUAUUUCUUAGCAGGGAAAAGAUAUCAAAGAAUAUCACAAAGUGUAUCAUAAAUGACCGUAAACAGUCUUUCUACAUUAAAAGUCGAGAUUAAUUUAAAAAAAAAAAUCUUUAUCGAUAGAAAACAGUCUAAUUUCACCAUUCAUCUAGAGUUCCCAAACAAUAGUGUCGAGAUUCUAAAAAGGAUCACACGAUUAUGACUUGACACCGGAAAUAAUGCUAGUCGUAAUGAAGCACUGUUCAAAUGUAGAUGGAGAUAAUUACACGCCUAUGGAUGGUCGGAAAUGAGCUCCUCAUACCGGAAAAGUGUGAAAAGUGGACAUGUUCCCGCCAAUAUGAUUCAUCGUCUUUGUUUUUGUCAUGCUGCGGGUAGGUUAUUAAAUGAUAACGAGCUGUUCCUACUCACCAUUCGCCCAAAAGCUGAGGGGUUGCCUUGAAAGGUUGAGGCUCCAGACUAGCAUCCACUGUUUAUCCCGUCGUUGCAACAUCCGAGGCUUUCCAAUUUCAUUUUUUAUGUUUCAGUGCCAUAUGACCAAAAU